AUGUUUACAAUUCCACGAUCACAAGCUAAUUUUGAACAAGACAAACAACGUGGAGAUUUAUUUACAUGGACAUUAUCAUUUAAUCAACGUUCAAGUGACGAUCAUUUAGUUACUGAUGAUUUUCUUAAACAUAUGUUAAGUCCAAUUGAAAAUGCCAUACUUGUUUUAUUAAGAGAAUUAGUUGCAGAAUUUAUAUUAACUGAUAAUUCAUCAAAUCCAACAACAUCUUUACUUCGAUCAGUAUGUCAUGAUAAUAGAGUCAGUCGAACACGAAAAGAAUAUGAUAUUGAAACGUCACCAGUUGAAAUAUUUGUUAAUUUAUUACUUUAUAAUAAAGAAGUUUUGGAUUUUUGUGUAUAUACAAAUGUUGAAUCAGAACGUAAAUGUUUAAUAGGACAUUCCAUUCAAAUAUGGAGUAUGUUUCAUCGUCAAUAA